CUGUCUAUCGUCGUCAUUAUUAUCGUGUCGUGUGCGUGCGAUGAAGUGUCGUGAGACGCCGGCCACAGCCGUCAGCCGACCACUCGCCCGGUGACCGACCGCGGCCGUCUGCGACCUAACCGUAGAGGUGUGCUCCCGCGCGCCAUGCCGUUCGUACAACGCGCCGUCGGCCCGGUACACCUGAGCCGGGUGAGGCUUCACGACGAGAACGGCGUGCCCACAAUCCGGGACCGCGAGCUGGACGCCGUCACCAACUGCGCGCUGAGCAACGCACUCCGGCAGAUGGCCUCGGUGGCCGCGCUCGCCGACGAGGUGUUCCGCGAGCUCCGGGACCAGCUCGCCGACGUGGCCACCAGAUCGGCGGGCCUCAAGCGCCGCGUCCAGGCCCUCGGCCACCUGGUGGACAACGCCGACCCCAAGGCCGUCACAGUCCCUGAAAGUGACCUGACAGCGUUCAGUCUGAAAACAGAACAUUUUAAGAGUAAGCAAGUAGAGAGCAAGAACUUAUUGUUAGCGGAAAAUAGACCUAUUUGGGUUAAAAGGCUCUACGAUCAAGCCGGAGUACCGAGUAAAGUAUAUGAAAAUAAACCUCACGUCCAUAGAUUAUCGAGAAGGAAGCGAUCACUGGACGACAUUCUUUUGCCUGACGAUAUAGAACUUAGAAAGCCUGCGGCAAUCACCAAUCUCCGACCAUGGACAUCGGAAGAAGUUCUUGGAGAUAUAACCGUGGCUCCUGAUUGUUCAUCGAGGAUACCUAGAGAUCCAAGUCCUGUUUCAGAAGAUCAAAUCGACCACAAACUGCCAUCGCCCGAAGAACAGCAGCAGGUCAUCGCACUUAAAUUCCCGCCGCAAAUAGUCGAAGUUGACGUAUCCGGCAGGAGUUUUAACCGAAUGAGCGCGCUUAGGAGAUCUCUACAGAACGUUGAAUACGAAACGUCUGUUAGACGACGAAAGAGCAAAAGACCUAGAGGCAAGAGGAGGAAUACGAUUGCUGGAACCGAUCAAAAAGAAUUAGAAGCCGUUAUUGGCUCAUUGUCUGAUAGUAAUAAAGACUCUGAUGACGUCGUGUCCAGCAGUACGACCGUUGUGGUGACUGAGAAAAAGUCAAAUCUUGAUAUCUUGAAAGAUUGGGGAAGAAUGAGAUUGAAACAAUUUAAAAAUAUAGAAACGGCUUCGUCAGCAUCAGUCAAGCUUAGAGAAAAAGGAAGAGUUGGAUUGGCAAGAAGAAAAUGGGAUAAGGACGAACCAGUGCAUUCUUCGUCUGGUAAUUGGUCAGCAAGUUCAGAGAGUGGACAGUCUACUUCGACUAGUCACAUACCAAGGUCUAGCGUUAGCAGUUGCAGCGGAAGCACGAAACCGACGUACCACGGGGGAAGUUCGGUGACCAGCGACGAAGGGGAAACAGGUUCCACGUAUUCGUGCGACACCGAAGGCUACUACACUUCGUUCCACGUGGACAGCGGUCUGAAGACGCUCAGGGAGGAGGACCCGCCGCAGCCGAUGUCCGCGUUGCACUCCACGUCGGCGCUCACGCCAAGUUUCCAGUCGUCGUCGGCCGAGAGCGAGUACGACGUUUUCGGACGGGGCAGUACGUCGACCACAGCGAGUUCGGCCGGUACCGUGUGCACGUCCCUGAUGGUGUCGCCGCCGAACGUGCCGGAAAGAGGUGGCAGCAAGCUAUCGGAACGGUCGGCGGACAUCGCGUACGGCGGCUCGCUGCCCGACCGGAACAACGCGCACGGGUCCAGGGACCCGAUGGCGCUGUACGACAAGUCGAAAACGGCCCCGUCCCGGCUGACCAAGGAGAACGUGACCAGGUACAAGGAGGAGGGGCUGAUGAUCGACGUCAAGCCCAGACCGUGCCUGGAACACGGCGGCGGUGACUCGCCGGACAGCGGGCACAACACGUGCAGCUCGCCGGUGGACUCGGUGACGAACCCGUCCGUCGACCUGGAGAUGUCCGAGUGUUCCGACCUGGAAGGCGUCGACCGAGUGGAGAGGCUCCGGGUCAAGACCACCAUCAACACCAGCCGCAUACCGUCCAUGUGCGUCAUCACGCCGCCGAUGAGCGACGACGAGGUGAGCCUGAAGACGACCGCGGUGAGAGCGAUCGUACCGGACGCCGACGAUUACGGCGAGUACGUGACGCUGGCGCACUACGCGAUACCCGAACCGGUGGUCAAGGCCGUCGUCGAGCACCCGGAACAGGCGUUGUGCAAAGGGUUCGUGCACCUGGACGAGUUGCCGGCCGUCGGCACGUCGGAACGGCAAAGGCCGGCGGGCGCUCGGGUCACGCUGAACGCCGAGGGCCGAGUCAUAUACUCGUCGGACAGUUUGAAGCGCCGGAAGAAGACGCACACGGUCAACACGUUCGAACCCGGUCCGUGCGUGAACGCCAACGUCCGGUCGCUGCCCGUCAACAACCACACCAAUAAUAGCGUUUUGUCACAAGCAAUACCCCGUUCUCCGUUGAACGUCCGACCUGUGACCAGACAACCGAACGGCUCCGGCCCGCAAGCGGCGCAGGUGGUCGCCAAGAAACUCCAAGGCGAACGCAAUAGCGCCGCUGUCCAGCUAAAACCUCUGGUGCCCAUACCGCUGCCCUGUUCGCCGGGCCAACGGCGCUCGGGCAAGACGAUCGCAGGCCUACCGCUGACGGUGGCUACGGCUCUAAACCGGCACCGGGUGGUCGUGCUUCCGGACAACGGUCGGUGUGCCGGCGACGCCGCGGGCAAGCCCGUGUCGCCGCUGAUAUCGCCGACCCGGCGGAGUCUGUCGCCCAAAGAGGUGGUGCGAGGCGCGUACGUCCGGAUGCAAGACCCCACCGAGUGCCUGGAGACGAGCCUGGACGAGAUCAAGUCCGUGGUGAAGCGCAGCGACAGCUACAGACAGGCAAACGCCACCAGUCCCCGGAUGCUCGCCAAGUCGCCGAACAUGCUGAUGGCGCUUCAAAAGGCCCGCAGCGAGACCACCACCGCUCAAGAUGCGAGCCGCGGCACUCCGUCCGCCUCGACGUCAUCGGCGAACGGCGACAACAGUGGCCACGAACGGAACGUGUCGGCUUCCACACCGGUGAAGGACGACCGGAGCGCCGGCCGGAUCGACAUGAGCAGCAACAACAUAUCGCCGAUACGCGACUACCGGGCGAGCCCGACCGGACGACCGCCGCAAACGCGCGAACCUCAUCAGCAGCAGCUGCAACACCGGACGACGCCCACGCCGCUACUGCAGUCUCCACUCCGGGACGGCGGCGCCGGACACCGGACGCCGACACAGCAGCCGUACGUGCGUCCGGCUUCCGGGCGGUCGGCCAUGGACCUGUACGCGGCCAUUCACGAGUCGAAGAAACGGUUGCUCGGCCAACAACCGGCGGCGGCGGCGACAGUCACGGCUGCGGGGGCCGCGCAGACGACUGCACCGGAACACCGGACGCGACCGCAGCAGGCCGCCACCGUUGCCGCGGCGGUGCGGCGUCCGCCGGAACGACAGUCGGACCGGUACCGGCCGCGCGGCGACGCGACCGGUCGGCCGCCCGUACGACUUCAAGCGGCUCUGCUGCAGACCAACAUGGCGGGCGGCAGGCGCGCAGCAGUCCGCCGUGUCGCUACGCAGCCGCCGCCGCCGCCGCGGACCGCACACGCCGGUGCCGACCGACGCCCGACGGCGGCGGCCGGACACUCGCGAACGCCGUCCGGUUCAUCGUUCGGGGUCAACGUGCUCGCUUCGACCAUACAGGAAGACUGCCGCGAAGACGCGACGCUGUCUGGACCCCCGGUCGUUCAGGUCCGCGGCGCUCGUCGCCCACGCUCAGGUCUGCAGGCCGCCACCGCCGUGCCCACUUGUUCCGCUCUGGAAACGUCCCUUUGA